UGUCCGCAGGUGUUGCCCACGCCAUGUCCAGCAAAGAAGAGAAGCAGAGACGGAGUGGCCAGGGAAGCGCCAGCCGUGGUGCCCGCCAAAGAGCCUCCGAGGCCACCCUGGCCUCGAAGCCUGGGGACACUGCCCUGCCUCCCCAGCCGGAGUCCGAUUCCUUCAAGGAGGAGCUUGAGCCAACAUCGGAGGAGCCCGAGGCACAGAAAGAAUUGCCGGAGCCUGAGGCGGAUGUGAAGCCCCUUUUCCUGUCCCGAGCCGUGCUGACAGGACUGGCGGGUGCGGAAUGGACAGCGCAGCACGAUGCCGUCCUGGAACACUUUGCCCGGGACCCUUCGGAACCCAUCGUCACCAUCUUCAUCGACCCCUGUGUGGGGCUGACGCUGGAGCUGGGCAUGCCUGUACAGACGCAGAACCAGAUUGUCUACUUCAUACGCCAAGCGCCGGUUCCCAUCACUCCAGAGAACUUCGAGGCCACCGUGCAGUUUGGGACGGUGCGUGGUUCCUACAUCCCGGCCCUGCUUCGGCUGCUCAGUGGCGUCUUUGCCCCUCAGAUCUUUGCAAACGCAACCUGGCCUGAGAGUAUUCGAAAUCAUUUUGCUUCUCAUUUGCACAGAUUCUUGGCCUGCCUGACAGACACUCGCUACAAACUGGAGGGGCACACGGUUCUCUACAUUCCCGCAGAGGCCAUGAACAUGGAGCCUGAGGUGGUAGUUAAGGACAAGGAUCUGGUGCAGCGGCUGGAGACCUCCAUGAUCCACUGGACCCGGCAGAUAAAGGAGGUGCUCAGUGCCCAGGAGUCUGUGGAGAUAGGAGAAAAUUUAGGUCCUUUGGAGGAGGUUGAGUUCUGGCGCAAUCGGUGCAUGGACCUGUCUGGCAUCAGUAAACAGCUGGUGAAGGAGGGAGUGAAGCACAUCGGGUCCAUCCUGCACCUUGCCAAGUCGUCCUACUUGGCACCCUUCAUGAAACUGGCCCAGCAGAUCCAGGACGGCUUCCAACAAGCCCAGUCAAACCUGACGUUUCUGUCGAUCCUGAAGGAGCCCUACCAGGAGCUGGCCUACAUGCAGCCUAAGGACAUCUCCAGUAAGCUCCCCAAGUUGAUCAGCCUCAUCCGCAUCAUCUGGGUCAACUCUCCCCACUACAACACUCGGGAGAGACUGACCUCCCUCUUCCGAAAGGUCUGUGACUGCCAGUAUCAUUUUGCCCGCUGGGAAGACGGCAAGCAGGGUCCCCUUCCCUGCUUCUUUGGGGCCCAGGGGCCCCAGAUCACACGGAACUUGCUGGAGAUCGAGGACAUCUUUCACAAAAACCUCCAUAUGCUGCGGGCUGUCCGCGGGGGCAUCCUGGACGUCAAGAACACGUCCUGGCACGAAGACUACAACAGGUUUCGUUCUGGAGUCAAGGACCUGGAGGUGAUGACUCAGAACCUGAUCACCUCCGCCUUCGAGUUAGUCCGAGAUGUGGAGCAGGGAGUGUUACUGCUGGACACCUUCCACCGGCUCGCGUCGCGGGAGGCCAUCAAGCGCACCUACGACAAGAAGGCGGUGGACCUGUACAUGCUGUUCAAUGGCGAGCUGGCCCUCGUGAACCGGGAGCUGAACAAGAAAUGGCCGUACCUAGAGCCCUACGUGGCCCAGUUCUCGGGACAGGCGCACUGGGUGCGGAUUCUGCGGCGGCGCAUCGACAGAGUCAUGAACUGUCUCUCCAGUGCCCACUUCCUGCCCCACAUCGGGACCGGAGAGGAGAGUGUGCACGCCUACCAGCAGAUGGUCCAGGCCAUCGAUGAAUUGGUUCGAAAGACUUUCCAAGACUGGACGUCAACGCUGGACAAGGACUGUAUUCGGCGGCUGGACACACCGCUGUUACGGGUCAGCCAGGAGAAGGCGGGCAUGCUGGAUGUCAACUUUGACAAGUCCCUGCUGAUUCUCUUUGUGGAAAUCGACUACUGGGAAAGGCUGCUCUUUGAGACCCCCCACUACGUGGUGAAUGUCGUUGAGCGAGCAGAGGACCUGCGCAUUCUUCGGGAAAACCUGCUCCUGGUGGCUCGAGACUACAAUCGGAUCAUCGCCGUGCUGUCCCCAGAUGAGCAGGCCCUCUUCAAAGAACGUAUCCGAUUUCUGGAUAAGAAGAUCCGCCCUGGACUCAAGAAACUGCAUUGGGCCUUGAAGGGGGCCAGCGCCUUCUUCAUCACGGAGUGCCGUAUCCACGCCAGCAAGGUGCAGACCAUCGUGAAUGACUUCAAGGCCUCCACUCUGACCAUCGGCUGGCGAGCCCAAGAAAUAUCCGAGACGCUGCUGGUGCGCAUCAGCGGCAAACGGGUGUACAGGGACCUGGAGUUCGAGGAGGACCAGAGGGAGCACCGGGUGGCCGUGCAGCAGAAACUGAUGGGCCUGUACCAGGACGUGGUGGCCAUCAUGACCAACUCCUACGAAGUCUUCAAGAACGACGGCCCUGAGAUCCAGCAGCAAUGGAUACUGUACACGAUUCGCUUGGACCGCAUGAUGGAGGAUGCCCUGCGCCUCAACGUGAAGUGGUCGCUGUUGGAACUGUCCAAGGCCAUCAACGGGGAUGGAAAGGCCAUGCCGAACCCGCUCUUCCAAGUGCUGGUCAUCCUCCAGAACGACCUACAGGGAGGUGUGGCGCAGGUGGAAUUCUCACCCUCUCUGCAGACCCUGGCGGGCGUGGUCAACGACAUUGGCAGCCACCUCUUCUCCACCAUCUCGGUCUUCCGCCACCUCCCUGAAAUUCUCAUCAGGCGCAAGUUUCAGCGCGACCCCAUCCACGUCAUCGUGGAGCGAGACGAGGACAUCAGGAAGAUCCAGGCCCAGAUAAGCGGCGGCAUGGCCAGCAACGCGAGCCUGCUGCAGACCUACCUCAAGACCUGGGACUUGUACCGGGAGAUCUGGGAGAUCAACAAGGACUCUUUCAUCCGCCGCUACCAGCGCCUCAACCCCCCCGUGUCUUCCUUUGAUGCCGACAUCGCCCGCUACGCCGAGGUGGCUAACAACGUGCAGAAGGAGGAGACGGUCCUCAACAUCCAGUUUGUGCUGCUGGACUGCUCACAUCUCAAGUUCUCGCUGGUGCAGCACUGCAACGAGUGGCAGGGCAAGUUCACGGCCCUGCUCAAGGAGAUGGCGGCCCGGCACCUCCUGGAGCUUCACACCUACCUGAGGGAGAACACGGAGAAAAUCAGCCGCCCUCCCCAGACGCUGGAGGAACUGGGAGUCAGUCUGCAACUCCUGGAGACCCUGCAGCAUGACCUGCCCGGCAUGGAGGCCCAGAUCCCCCCCAUCCACGAGCAGUUUGCCAUCCUCGAGAAGUACGAGGUGCCCGUCCAGGACAGCGUCCUGGAGAUGCUGGACAGCCUCAACGGGGAGUGGGUCAUCUUCCAACAAACGCUGCUGGACAGUGAGCAGAUGCUAAAGAGACACAAGGAGAAGUUCAAAACGGGCCUCAUCCACUCGGCUGAUGAUUUCAAGAAGAAAGCCCACAAUCUUCUGGAAGACUUUGAAUCCAAAGGCCCCUUCACCAGUAAUGUGGGGCACCAGUCCGCCCUCGAGCAGAUUGCCCAAACGCGGGCCAUGCUGAAUGCCAUGCGGGACGAAGAACAGAGUCUCCGCUCCAACCUGGGCAUCUUCAAGAUCGAACAGCCAGUCUCCAAGGACCUGCAGAACCUGGAGAAGGAACUAGACGCCCUGCAGCAAGUCUGGGAGAUCACGCGGGACUGGGAGGAGCACUGGAACCAGUGGAAGACGGGCCGGUUCCUGACCCUGAAGACAGAGGCCAUGGAGACCACGGCGCACGGGCUGUUCCGCCGCCUCACCAGACUAGCCAAAGAGUACAAGGACCGCAACUGGGAAGUGAUCGAAACCACUCGCUGGAAAAUAGAGCAGUUCAAGAGGACCAUGCCGCUCAUCUCGGACCUGCGAAACCCGGCCCUUAGAGAGAGGCACUGGGACCAGGUCAGGGAAGAGGUCCAGAGGGAGUUCGAUCAGGAAUCUGAGAGCUUCACCCUGGAGCAGAUUGUGGAGCUCGGGAUGGACCAGCACGUGGAGAAAAUUGGGGAGAUCUCCGCCUCAGCGACCAAAGAGCUGGCUAUAGAGUCGGCCUUAGAGAACAUCGCCAAGACCUGGGAUGGGAUUCAGCUAGACGUAGCUCCCUACAAGGACAAGGGUCAUCACCGGCUCAGAGGCACGGAGGAGGUGUUCCAGGCACUGGAGGACAACCAGGUGGCCCUGUCCAGCAUGAAGGCUUCCCGUUUCGUCAAGGCCUUUGAGAGGGAAGUGGACCACUGGGAGCGCUGCCUCUCCCUCAUUUUGGAGGCCGUCGAGAUGGUGCUCAUGGUGCAGAGGCAGUGGAUGUACCUGGAGAAUAUCUUCCUGGGAGAGGACAUCCGUAAGCAGCUGCCCAGUGAAUCAGCCCUGUUUGACCAGAUCAACAGCACCUGGAAAUCUGUCAUGGACCGCAUGAACAAGGACAGCAAUGCUCUCCGGGCCACCCACCACCCAGGCCUCCUGGACACGCUGAUCAAAAUGAACACGAUUCUGGAAGACAUUCAGAAGUCUCUGGAUAUGUAUCUGGAGACCAAGCGCCAUAUUUUCCCCCGCUUCUACUUCCUGUCCAACGAUGACCUCCUGGAGAUUCUGGGCCAGUCCCGCAACCCGGAGGCCGUGCAGCCACACCUCAAAAAAUGCUUUGACAACAUCAAAUUGCUGAGAAUGCAGAAGGUUGGGGGCCCCAGCAGCAGAUGGGAGGCUGUGGGGAUGUUCUCAGGUGACGGCGAGUAUGUGGACUUCCUGCACUCAGUACUCUUAGAAGGGCCCGUGGAGUCCUGGCUUGGCGACGUGGAGCGGACCAUGAGGGUGACCCUGCGGGACCUUCUCCGGAACUGCCGUGUGGCCCUCAAGAAGUUUCUCAACAAGAGGGACAAGUGGGUGAAGGAGUGGGCUGGCCAGAUGGUGAUCACUGCCAGUCAGAUCCAGUGGACGGCUGAUGUCACCAAGUGCUUGCUGACGGCCAAGGAGCGGGGAGACAAGAAGAUCCUCAAGGUCAUGAAGAAGAAGCAGGUGUCAGUGCUGACUAAGUAUUCAGAGGCCAUCCGGGGGAACUUGACCAAAAUCACGCGGCUUAAGAUCGUGGCCCUGGUGACGAUAGAAGUUCAUGCCCGGGAUGUGCUGGAGAAGCUUUGUAAGAGCGGCCUCACAGACAUCAGCUCCUUCGACUGGCUCAGCCGGCUGCGCUUCUACUGGGAGAAGGACCUCGACGACUGUGUGAUCCGCCAGACCAACACGCAGUUCCAGUAUGGCUACGAGUACUUGGGGAACUCCGGUCGGCUUGUCAUCACCCCCCUGACAGACAGGUGUUACAUGACGCUGACCACGGCACUGCACCUGCAUCGGGGGGGCUCCCCCAAAGGUCCUGCGGGCACGGGGAAAACCGAGACCGUCAAGGAUCUGGGCAAGGCCCUCGGCACAUACGUCAUUGUGGUCAACUGCUCCGAGGGCCUGGACUAUAAGUCCAUGGGCAGGAUGUACUCGGGCCUGGCCCAGACCGGCGCCUGGGGCUGCUUUGAUGAGUUUAACCGAAUCAACGUGGAGGUGCUGUCGGUGGUGGCCCAGCAGAUCCUGUCCAUCCUGUCGGCCCUGGCCGCCAGCCUCCUCCGCUUCUACUUUGAAGGCUUUGAAAUAAAUCUGGUGUGGUCCUGUGGGAUCUUCAUCACCAUGAAUCCCGGCUACGCCGGGCGCACAGAACUGCCUGAUAACCUUAAAUCCAUGUUCCGCCCGAUCGCCAUGGUGGUGCCGGACUCUACUCUCAUCGCGGAGAUCAUUCUCUUCGGGGAGGGCUUCGGCAACUGCAAGAUCCUGGCCAAGAAGGUAUACACGCUGUACUCGCUGGCCGUGCAGCAGCUGUCCAGACAGGACCAUUACGACUUCGGCCUGCGCGCGCUCACCUCCCUCCUGCGCUAUGCCGGCAAGAAGCGCCGUCUGCAGCCCGACCUGUCUGAUGAAGAGGUUUUGCUGCUCUCCAUGCGAGACAUGAACAUUGCCAAGCUGACCUCGGCCGACGCGCCGCUCUUCAACGCCAUUGUGCAAGAUCUGUUCCCCAGCACGGAGCUGCCCGUCAUUGACUACGGCAAGCUGCGGGAGACCAUCGAGCAGGAGACCCGCGAUAUGGGCCUGCAGGCCACGCCGUUCACGCUCACCAAGGUGAUCCAGCUGUACGAGACCAAGAACUCCCGCCACUCGGCCAUGAUUGUGGGCGGCACAGGCAGCGGCAAGACGGCCGCGUGGCGGAUCCUGCAGUCCUCCCUGUCCUCCCUGUGCCGCGCCGGGGACCCCAACUUCAAUAUCGUUCGGGAGUUCCCCCUGAACCCUAAGGCCUUGUCCUUGGGGGAGCUGUAUGGGGAGUACGACCUCAACACUAAUGAGUGGACAGACGGCAUCUUGUCCAGUGUCAUGCGGGCGGCGUGUGCAGAUGAGAAGCCCGAUGAGAAGUGGAUCCUUUUCGACGGCCCCGUGGACACGCUGUGGAUCGAGAGCAUGAACUCUGUCAUGGACGAUAACAAAGUCCUGACCCUCAUCAAUGGGGAGCGUAUCGCGAUGCCCGAACAGGUGUCGCUGCUGUUCGAGGUGGAGAACUUGGCCGUGGCCUCUCCCGCCACCGUGUCUCGCUGUGGGAUGGUCUACACUGACUACGCUGACCUGGGCUGGAAGCCGUAUGUUCAGUCCUGGCUGGAGAGGAGACCGAAGGCUGAGGCCGAGCCCCUUGAGCGCAUGUUCGAGAAGUUCAUCGACAAGAUUCUGACCUUCAAGAAGGAUUAUUGCAACGAGCUGGUGCCCCUCCCGGAAUACAGUGGGAUCAUCUCCCUCUGCAAGCUGUACUCGGCCCUGGCCACGCCAGAGAAUGGGGUGAACCCAGCCGACAGCGAAAACUACGUGACCAUGGUAGAGCUGACCUUCGUGUUCAGCAUGAUCUGGUCCGUGUGCGCCUCCGUGGACGAGGAGGGACGUGAGAAGAUCGACAGUUACCUCCGAGAGAUUGAGGGCUCCUUUCCCAAUAAGGACACGGUGUACGAGUACUUUGUGGACCCCAAGAUGCGAAGCUGGACGUCGUUUGAGGAAAAGCUCCCUAAGACGUGGCGUUACCCCCCAAAUUCCCCCUUCUACAAGAUCAUGGUGCCCACGGUCGACACUGUUCGCUACAACUACCUGGUGAGCGCCUUGGUGGCCAACCAGAAUCCCACCCUGCUGGUGGGUCCCGUGGGGACCGGAAAGACGUCCAUCGCCCAGAGCGUCCUGCAGUCCUUGCCUUCCAGCCAGUGGUCUGUGCUCACCGUCAACAUGUCUGCACAGACCACGUCCAAUAACGUGCAGAGCAUCAUCGAGAGCAGGGUGGAGAAGCGAACCAAGGGGGUCUAUGUGCCGCUUGGGGGCAAAAGCAUGGUCACCUUUAUGGAUGACCUAAACAUGCCGGCGAAGGACGCGUUUGGGUCCCAGCCCCCCCUGGAGCUGAUCCGUCUCUGGCUUGACUACGGCUUCUGGUACGAUCGCACGAAGCAGACCAUCAAGUACAUCCGAGACAUGUUCCUGAUGGCUGCCAUGGGCCCUCCCGGGGGCGGACGGACCAUCAUCUCCCCCAGACUGCAAAGCCGCUUCAACGUCAUCAACAUGACCUUCCCCACACCUUGUGGUCCUGGGGGAGGCGGACUCAGGGGCCCCAAAGACGCUAAGGAACGCCAGGGGGGUACAAGGGACGGGAUGGCGAGUCUGAAGUCCGUCUGUCCCCCCUCCCUCCUGCCCUCUUCUGGCCCAGAUAUCAAGCGUCUAUACCGCCAGGCGGGGGUAGAGCUCAAGCCCACGUCCUUCCUCUUCGUGGACACCCAGAUUGCGGAUGAGUCGUUCCUGGAGGACAUCAACAACGUCCUGAGCUCGGGCGAGGUCCCCAAUCUCUACAAGACUGAUGAAUUUGAAGAGAUCCAGACGCUCAUCUCGGAGCAGGCCAAGGCCGAGCAGGUGCCCCAGUCCUCCGACAGCCUCUUCGCCUACCUCAUUGAGCGCGUGCGCGACAACCUGCACAUUGUUCUCUGCCUCAGCCCCGUGGGCAACUCCUUCAGGAACUGGAUCCGCCAGUACCCGGCCCUGGUGAACUGCACCACCAUCAACUGGUUCUCCGAGUGGCCCCACGAGGCCCUGCUGGAGGUGGCCGAGAAGUACCUCCAAGGAGUGGACCUGGGCACAGAGGAGAAUAUCCACAGGAAGGUGGCCAAGAUCUUUGUCACCAUGCACUGGUCCGUGGGGCGGUACUCCCAGAAGAUGUUGCUGGAGCUGCGGAGAUACAACUAUGUCACACCCACCAACUACCUGGAGCUCGUGUCGGGAUAUAAGAAGUUGCUGGGAGAGAAGCAGCAGGAGCUGCUGAGCCAGGCCAACAAGCUGCGGACGGGAUUGUUUAAGAUCGACGAGACCAGGGAGAAGGUGGAGGUGAUGUCCCUGGAGCUGGAGGAGGCCAAGAAGAAGGUGGCCGAGUUCCAGAAGCAGUGUGAGGAGUACCUGGUCAUCAUUGUGCAGCAGAAGCGGGAAGCAGAUGAGCAGCAGAAGGCCGUGACAGCCAAUAGUGAGAAGAUCGCAAUCGAGGAAGUCAAGUGCCAGGCACUGGCCGACAAUGCCCAGAAGGAUCUAGAAGAGGCGUUGCCAGCCCUGGAAGAAGCCAUGCGGGCUCUGGAGUCUCUGAACAAGAAGGACAUAGGAGAGAUCAAGUCUUACGGACGGCCCCCCGCCCAAGUGGAGAUGGUCAUGCAGGCAGUCAUGAUUCUUCGAGGCAACGAGCCCACCUGGGCGGAGGCCAAGAGGCAGCUAGGGGAGCAGAACUUCAUCAAGUCACUGAUCCACUUUGAUAAAGACAACAUCUCAGACAAGGUUCUGAAGAAGAUCGGGGCCUACUGCGCCCAGCCCGACUUCCAGCCCGACAUCAUCGGCCGGGUCUCGCUGGCGGCCAAGUCCCUGUGCAUGUGGGUGCGGGCCAUGGAGCUGUACGGGCGGCUGUACCGCGUGGUGGAGCCCAAGCGGGUCAGGAUGAACGUGGCCUUGGCCCAGCUUCAGGAGAAGCAAGCCGCGCUGGCUGAGGCCCAGGAGAAGCUGCGGGAGGUGGCUGAGAAGCUAGAGAUGCUGGAGAAGCAGUACGAGGAGAAGCUGGCCCAGAAGGAGGAGCUCCGCAAGAAGUCCGAGGACAUGGAAACGAAGCUGGAGCGAGCGGGCUUGCUGGUGUCAGGGCUGGCCAGCGAGAAGGCGCGCUGGGAGGAGACGGUCAAGGGCCUGGAGGAGGAUCUGGGCUACCUGGUAGGUGACUGUCUCCUGGCCGCCGCCUUCCUGUCCUACAUGGGCCCCUUCCUGACCAACUACCGGGAUGAGAUCGUCACCCAGAUAUGGAUCAGGAAGAUCCGGGAGCUGGAGGUGCCGUGCUCACCGCGCUUCACCUUCGAUAACUUCCUGUCCAAUCCUACCAAAGUUCGAGACUGGAACAUCCAAGGGUUGCCCUCGGAUGCCUUUUCCACAGAGAAUGGCAUCAUCGUCACCCGAGGCAACAGGUGGGCACUGAUGAUUGACCCUCAGGCCCAGGCCCUGAAGUGGAUCAAGAACAUGGAAGGAAACCAGGGCCUCCAGAUUAUCGACCUGCAGAUGAGCAAUUACCUUCAAAUUCUAGAAAAGGCCAUCCAGUUUGGAUACCCAGUGCUGCUCCAGAACGUUCAGGAGUAUCUGGACCCCACACUUAACCCUGUGCUCAACAAAUCUGUAGCUCGAAUCGGCGGCCGGCUGCUGAUGCGCAUUGCAGACAAGGAGGUGGAGUACAACAGCAACUUUCGUUUCUACAUCACCACCAAGCUCUCCAACCCCCACUACAGCCCUGAGACCUCGGCCAAGACCACCAUCGUCAACUUUGCUGUCAAGGAACAGGGCCUGGAGGCUCAGCUGCUGGGCAUCGUGGUCCGGAAGGAUUGGAGGGGUUCCGGUCAGUCCCCUUCCUCCUCUCUCCUUGCCCAGGUCCUGGAUCGCGAGGGCCAGAUGGAUAACCCGUGUACGAGCUGGCUCGCCGACGCCUACUGGGACAACAUCACAGAGCUGGACAAACUGACCAACUUCCACGGGCUCAUGAACUCCUUCGAGCAAUACCCUCGUGACUGGCACCUGUGGUAUACCAGCGCCACCCCGGAGAAGGCCAUGCUGCCAGGCGAGUGGGAAAACGCCUGCAAUGAGAUGCAGCGAAUGCUGAUCGUGCGCUCCCUGCGCCAGGACCGGGUGGCCUUCUGUGUCGCCUCGUUCAUCGUCUCCAACCUCGGCUCCCGCUUCGUGGAGCCGCCCGUGCUCAACAUGAAACUGGUUCUGGAGGAUUCGACCCCACGCACCCCGCUGGUGUUCAUCCUGUCUCCCGGUGUGGACCCCUCCGGCGCCCUGCUCCAGCUGGCGGAGCACAUGGGCAUGGCCCAGCGUUUCCACGCCCUGUCCCUGGGCCAGGGCCAGGCCCCCAUUGCCGCCCGGCUCCUGCGAGAGGGGGUCCUUCAGGGACACUGGGUGUUCCUAGCUAACUGCCACCUGUCGCUGUCUUGGAUGCCCAGCCUGGACAAGCUGGUAGAGCGGCUGCAGGUGGAAGAACCUCACCCUUCCUUCCGCCUCUGGCUCAGCUCCAGCCCCCACCCGGACUUCCCCAUCUCCGUCCUGCAGGCCGGCAUCAAGAUGACCACGGAACCGCCAAAGGGCCUAAAGGCCAACAUGACGCGCCUCUACCAGCUGAUGACGGAAUCGCAGUUUUCCCGCUGCUCCAAACCUGCCAAGUAUAAGAAGCUUCUGUUUGCCCUCUGCUUCUUCCAUUCCGUGUUGCUGGAGCGCAAAAAGUUCCUGCAGCUCGGCUGGAACAUCGUCUACGGCUUCAAUGACUCUGACUUUGAGGUGUCGGAGAACUUGCUGAGUCUCUACCUGGAGGAGUAUGAGGAGACACCCUGGGAUGCCCUCAAGUACCUCAUCGCCGGCGUCAACUACGGCGGGCACGUCACCGAUGACUGGGACCGGCGGCUGCUCACCACCUACAUCAACGACUAUUUCUGUGACCAGACUCUCUCAACCCCCUUCUACCGGUUGUCAGCACUGGAGACUUACUUCAUCCCCAAAGAUGGGACUCUGGCCUCUUACAAGGAGUACAUCAGCAUGUUGCCCACCAUGGACCCCCCUGAGGCCUUUGGCCAGCACCCCAAUGCGGAUGUGGCCUCCCAGAUCACUGAGGCGCGGACUCUCUUUGAGACUCUGCUGUCCCUGCAACCCCAGAUUACACCCACCAGGGCGGGAGGCCAGAGCCGAGAAGAGAAGGUCCUCGAGCUGGCUGCAGAUGUGAAACAGAAAAUCCCUGAAAUGAUCGACUAUGAGGGGACCCGGAAACUGCUGGCCAUGGACCCCUCCCCCCUCAACGUGGUCCUUCUGCAGGAAAUCCAGAGAUACAACAAGCUUAUGGAGACCAUCCUGUGUUCCCUGACAGAUCUAGAAAAAGGCAUCCAGGGCCUCAUCGUCAUGUCUACAAGCCUGGAAGAGAUUUUCAACUGCAUCUUCGACGCCCAUGUCCCGCCACUCUGGGGGAAGGCGUAUCCCUCACAAAAGCCACUGGCCUCGUGGACACGGGACUUGGCCACACGUGUGGAGCAGUUUGAGCUGUGGGCCAGCCGGGCCCGGCCCCCCGUGAUCUUCUGGCUUUCCGGCUUCACCUUCCCCACCGGCUUCCUCACCGCCGUGCUGCAGGCCUCAGCUCGCCAAAAUAACAUUUCGGUGGACAGCCUCUCCUGGGAGUUUAUUGUUUCCACCGUGGAUGACAGCAACCUCGUGUACCCACCCAAGGAGGGCGUGUGGGUCCGGGGCCUGUACCUGGAGGGCGCCGGCUGGGACUGGAAGAACUCCUGCCUGGUGGAGGCGGACCCCAUGCAGCUCGUCUGCCUCAUGCCCACCAUCCACUUCAGGCCGGCAGAAAGCCGAAAGAAGAGCGCCAAGGGCAUGUACUCCUGUCCCUGCUAUUACUAUCCCAACCGGGCAGGCAGCUCAGACCGAGCCUCCUUCGUCAUUGGCAUCGACCUCCGGUCCGGGACCAUGACAUCUGAUCACUGGAUCAAGAGGGGCACCGCUCUACUCAUGAGCCUGGACAACUGA